AUGGUCCUUGACUAUAGAUUUGACGAUCUCAACAUAACUUCCAGGCUUGCCAGAGCUGUGUUACAGCAGAGAGAGCAAAUAGCUCAUGAUAUUUCUCCUCUGAUGAGUAAGCUCCAAAAUCGCAGGUUUAAAUUUGAUCUGGGAUUGAAAGAAAAGGAGCUAUGUCCUCCCAUGCUUUUCUUUGUCAGAGAAAGAAAAACAGGACUUCCAGGUGCUUGGCUGCCUCUUCCCGGACCGAGAGAAGCGCCCGCAUGGCCGCCACCCGCGUCCUCCUUCCCGCGGCCCUGGGGAGACUGCGCUUGGCGGCAGUGGACCGCCAGCAGGUCCGAAGGUGACAGUGUGGGAGAUUCCAUCCAUGGGAAACCUUCCGUGGUGUACAGAUUUUUCACAAGUCUUGGACAGGUCUAUCAGGCCUGGCUGGACAAGUCUACUCCAUACACGGCUGUGCAAUGGGUGGUGACGCCGGGCCUGAGCUUCAUCUACAUGAUGCGAGUUUACCUGCUGCGAGGCUGGUACAUCGUGACCUACGCCUUGGGAAUCCACCAUCUAAAUCUCCUUAUAGCUUUCCUUUCUCCAAAAGAGGAUCCUUCCUUAAUGGAAGAUUCAGACGAUGGCCCCUCGUUACCAACCAAACAGAAUGAGGAGCUCCAGUCCUCCAUUAGGAGACUCCCAGGGUUUAAAUCCUGGCACGGGACCAAGGGCAUCCUGGUGGCCAUGGUCUGCACCUUCUUUGAGGCAUUCAACGUCCCGGUGUUCUGGCCCAUCCUGGUGAUGUACUUCAUCAUGCUCUUCUGUAUCACGAUGAAGAGGCAAAUAAAGCAUAUGAUCGAGUACCGGUACAUCCCGUUCACGCACGGCAAGAAGACAUACAAGUAGAAGGAGGCCACGGGCAAGACGUUCGCCAGCUAGACGCGGCCGCCCUCCGCGGGCCCUGGACGGCCAUGAGUUGCUGUGACGGUGCCUUCUUUCCUCACAUAAAGUAGCUGAUUACAAGGGAGUUAUUUUCUUUUUAAAAGGGAGCUUCAAUUAUUUGUAACUGAGAUAUCAGGUUCUUGAAGAAACUUACAUUUAAACAGAAU